AUGCUUCGAAACAAGCGUCAGAACACACAGUCACUGGAAGAUACCUCCGUGGCCCCGGCGACAUUCACCGAUGGCCUCCCUCUUCCCAAGCUGAUCGUUUUCGAUCUCGACUACACUCUAUGGCCAUUCUGGGUCGACACACAUUGCAGUGCACCUAUCAAGGCGCGCGACAAUAACUCGCGCGUUGUGGAUAAAUGGGGCGAAGCCUUCGCCUUUUACCCCGCCGUGUCCUCGAUUAUCUACGCCUGCAAGGGCCGCUCGAUCCCACUAGCCCUCGCCUCGCGAACCCAUACCCCCGAGCUAGCGCGCGACAUGCUUAAAGCCCUGCAUAUUAUUCCGAGUUUCUCGGAUAACCCCGCUGCCAACGCGAAGACUAUUCGCUCUCUUGACUACUUCGAUUUCAUCCAGAUCUUCCCGGCGAACAAGACCCAGCAUUUUGCAAAGAUUCAUCAGGCUAGUGGUGUUGUAUAUGAGGAUAUGUUGUUCUUCGAUGACGAGACGCGGAACCGCAAUGUUGAGACGGAGCUUGGAGUUACAUUCUGUCUAGUGCGGGAUGGUAUGACCUUGGACGAGAUGGAUCGCGGUGUCCGGGCUUGGAGGAAGAGAAACGGCAUUAAGAAGGCCGAGGAGUAG